AUGCAGAAAGGUGGAUCGUCCGGAAUCCAAUGGACAACUUGGGCCCAGGGAACCACUGGAAAAAGGCUGCACGGUCAUAUGUCCAUUAGGAGGAAUCGGGAGGCUCUCGCGACGCCACCACCCGAAUAUUUCGAGUUCUACGGUAGCAUUGGAAUAGGAACUCCCCCUCAACAAUUCAGAGUUCUCUUUGACACAGGAAGCUCGCACACUUGGGUGCCUUCCAUCAGCUGCUUCGUGGGUUCUUGUCUGCAACACAGGCGGUUCAACCCCGAACUGUCGGCGACGUUCGACCGAGCUGUCACCGCAGCAGCAGCAGCACCUCAGAAGCAAACACGCGUGACAUACGCCUCAGGUUACAUCGAUUCAGUGGAAGGCAGAGACUCUCUCCACCUGCAAAAUGCUACCUACGUACAGAAGGGCGCUGCAGUCGCGUGGUUUCCCCUGAUACAGAGGCAGCAAAAGAAAUGGGAAGUGCGGCUGUGGGAUGUGCUGGUGGACGAGGCGACUGUUGGUCUCUGUACACCCCAGCUGCCUUGCACCGCGGUGAUCGACACGGGCACUUCUGGUAUAGGCGGUUCUCCCGCCUUCAUCGAACAACUCCUUGACAAGACCGGAGCAAUUUCUCUGUGCGGAGAAGCAGACAGAAAAGCAAACAUGAAACGCCUCUCUUUUGUUCUUGAGCCCUCUCCAGGAGAGGACCCGCAAGAGUUAGAAAAGCAAACAUGA